UCGGCUUGAGGAGGAGGGGGGAAGGGAAGAGUGGUGGUGAUGGGGAGGGGGUGAUGCUAAGAGAGGAGCGCCACACUCGGAGCAGAAAUCAGCAGCGCUUGCCGCUCCAUCGCUAAGGGUUCUUUUUUCCUCGACUACUGGGGUCACCCCCCCUCUUUUAAAUUCCACCUCCAACCUUAGUCCUCGUUAAUUGCACACCCGGCUGCGCCAAAAGAAAAAAAAAAGAUGCGUGGGAUUUAACGCCUUGAUUGUCCGUCUCUCUCCUGGAAUAUUCCUGACUCCUCUCCCUGAGUGUGUGUACGGUCGAUGCGGACCGCCGCGGCCAUGCAGCAAAUUGUGCAUUUCUCCAUGUCCUUCCUACUCGUCUUGUGGGGGUGUGCGCAGGGAGGCUCGCCCAGCGUCCAAAUCGGGGGGCUCUUUCCGAGGGGCGCGGACCAAGAGUACAGCGCCUUCAGGAUAGGCAUGGUCCAGUUCGGUACGGCCGAGUUUCGGCUCACACCUCACAUCGACAACCUGGAGGUGGCCAACAGCUUCGCUGUCACCAACUGCUUCUGCUCGCAGUUCUCCAGGGGCGUCUACGCCAUUUUCGGAUUCUACGACAAGAAGUCGGUCAACACCAUCACGUCGUUCUGCGGCACGCUGCACGUGUCCUUCAUCACGCCCAGCUUCCCGCUGGAUGGCAACCAGCAGUUCAUCAUCCAGAUGAGGCCCGACAUCAAGGGGCCACUGCUCAGCCUCAUCGAGUACUACAAGUGGGACAAGUUCGCCUACCUGUACGACAGCGAUCGAGGCCUGACAACGCUUCAGGUGGUUCUGGACACGGCGGCUGAGAGGAAGUGGCAAGUGACGGCCAUUAACGUGGGCAACCUGAAAGAUGAGCGUAAGGACGAAGCGUACCGCUCACUUUUCCAGGACCUGGAGAAUAAGAAGGAGCGCAGGGUGAUCCUGGACUGUGAACAAGACAAAGUCAAAGACAUCAUGGACCAGGUGAUCACCAUUGGCAGACAUGUGAAAGGCUACCAUUAUAUCAUAGCCAAUCUGGGUUUUGUCGAUGGCGACCUAUCUAAAAUCCAGUACGGCGGUGCCAACGUGUCGGGCUUCCAGAUUGUGGAUUUCGACGACCCGCUGGCAUCCAAGUUCGACCAGAGGUGGGAGGCCCUGGAGGAGAAGGAGUAUCCAGGAGCAGACAGCAAGAUCAGGUACACAUCGGCGUUGACGUACGACGCGGUGCAGGUGAUGACUGAGGCCUUCCGCUACCUGCACAAGCAGCGGAUCGACUUCACCCGGCGGGCCAACACCGGCGACUGUCUGGCCAACCCGGCCGUUCCCUGGGCUCAGGGAGUGGAGAUUGAGCGAGCACUGAAGCAGGUGCGUGUGGAGGGCUUGACGGGCAACAUACAGUUUGACCAACACGGCAAGCGAGUGAACUACUCAGUUAACAUCAUGGAACUGAAGAACAAUGGCCCCGUAAAGAUUGGCUACUGGAACGAAGUUGACAAAAUGGCCGUCACCAAGUCCGACGUCUCUGCCAACGACUCGACGGGGAUGGAAAACAAAACAGUCAUUGUCACCACCAUCUUGGAAGCUCCUUACGUCAUGCUAAAAAAGAACGCCGACCUCUUUGAGGACAACGACCGCUACGAAGGCUACUGCGUGGAUCUGGCCGCCGAGAUCGCCAAACAUUGCGGUUUCAAAUACCAGCUGAAAAUCGUGGGCGACGGCAGGUACGGAGCCAGGGAUGCCGAGACCAAGAUCUGGAACGGGAUGGUCGGCGAGUUAGUGUACGGGAAAGCCGACAUCGCCGUGGCUCCGCUGACCAUCACCUUGGUCCGGGAAGAAGUGAUCGACUUUUCCAAGCCAUUCAUGUCUCUGGGGAUCUCCAUCAUGAUCAAAAAGCCCCAGAAGUCCAAGCCCGGCGUUUUCUCCUUCCUGGACCCGCUGGCCUACGAGAUCUGGAUGUGCAUCGUGUUUGCCUACAUCGGCGUCAGCGUGGUGCUCUUCUUGGUCAGCCGCUUCAGCCCGUACGAGUGGCACACUGAAGAAUAUGAGGACGGCCAGAUCCAGACCAAUGAGUCCACCAACGAGUUUGGAAUCUUCAACAGCCUGUGGUUCUCCUUGGGGGCCUUCAUGCGACAAGGCUGCGACAUCUCGCCAAGGUCUCUGUCCGGGCGCAUCGUUGGCGGCGUGUGGUGGUUCUUCACGCUCAUCAUCAUCUCCUCCUACACGGCCAACCUGGCUGCUUUCCUCACUGUGGAGAGGAUGGUGUCGCCCAUCGAAAGUGCCGAGGACCUGGCCAAACAGACCGAAAUUGCGUAUGGCACGCUAGACUCAGGCUCCACAAAAGAGUUCUUUAGGCGUUCUAAAAUUGCCCUCUUUGACAAAAUGUGGACAUACAUGCGGAGUGCGGAGCCCUCGGUGUUUGUGAAAAAAACAGCCGAGGGGGUUUUGAGAGUCCGCAAGUCCAAGGGCAAGUACGCUUACUUGCUGGAGUCCACCAUGAACGAGUACAUCGAGCAGCGCAAGCCGUGUGACACCAUGAAGGUUGGAGGCAACCUGGACUCCAAAGGCUACGGGAUCGCCACGCCCAAAGGAUCCUCAUUAAGAACGCCAGUAAACCUUGCGGUAUUGAAACUCAGUGAGCAAGGCGUCUUAGACAAGCUGAAAAACAAAUGGUGGUACGAUAAGGGUGAAUGUGGAGCCAAGGACUCUGGAAGUAAGGAGAAGACCAGCGCCCUCAGCCUGAGCAACGUGGCUGGGGUCUUCUACAUUCUGGUCGGAGGGCUCGGCUUGGCCAUGCUGGUGGCCUUGAUCGAGUUCUGUUACAAGUCCCGAGCCGAGGCCAAACGAAUGAAGAUGACUUUUGGAGAUGCCAUGAGGAAUAAGGCGAGACUUUCGGUCACCGGGAGCACUGGGGAGAAUGGUCGGGUGAUGACUCCGGAGUUCCCGAAGGCCGUCCACGCCGUCCCGUACGUCAGACCCGACAUGGGCCUCAACGUCAGCCUGACAGACCUGUCCUGAUCCCAGACCAACUUCCGAGUGCCUUACCAUGGUUUCAAAAAGUAAAGAACAAAGCGCUUUGGUUCUUUUUUUUUCUUCCGAAAUCCCAUUACACCCCCCCCCCCCCACCCCUUUCCAAUGCUCCCUACUUUUGCUCGCUGUUCUGGCACUUAUUUUUUUUGAAAGGGAACGUUGGAGAACACAAAGACUUGGUCCCCGGUCAAUAUUUUCGACAACAACAAAAAAGGGCAACCCUGGAAUAUCUUGGAUUUUUUUCCCUUUUCUAAAUGUGUGGAAGCGAGGGGUUGAUUGACAGCAGUUUCUCCCCAAGUCAUGAACUGUGUGUAUGUGCCAGCGUGUGUGUUAAUCGGUCGCCACCGCAAUGUCCCAAACAGGAAGCACAUCCCCAUUCUAAAAAUGUGAAAUAGUCCUUUGAAGUUUUUCUUAAGAAAAGCCCAAGAAACUAGAAACAAAUAAACUAUUUUUAUGUAUUUUCACAAAAUGGCUUUUCAAGAUACUCGCCGGCGUGCGUGGAGUGGAAAGGAAACAAUAAGAAGCAGCGACAGAUAUCAUGUAAUUAAAAACCUGUAUAUUUUAUUCGUUAAUAUUUGGUGUUGAUACGAACUAUAUGUCAAUGCUUGACAGUUUUGGAAUCUACGUUUUUGCUCUUCUUUUUCAACUUCUGUGAAUUUUUUUUUCCCCCUCACUGCCCUCCGUUUGUUUGAUUUUUCUUUUUUUUUCCUGCCAAAGACCAGAGUUGUUUGUUGCGCUUUCAGGAGGAAGUGAACCUGUUUACACGCCAUGAAUGCAAAAUAUAUACAUUAGAAAAACAAUGGAAAAGGGGCGUUCAAGAGGCAUCAAUACCCACCACGCGGAAAAAUGCCAAAUAAGUGACGGGUGCCAAAUCUUAGUGCCAGUAGAUGAUGAAUAUAGAGUCUUAAUAUAAUCAAUCACUGUCAUUUCAGUGAAUGUAAAUGACUUUUUUUUGUAAACUAUAGUUGUACAGUCAGUGGUGAUGACACCGCUAAUAACGAUAAAUAAAUAGCCUUUUUUUUUCCGGGGGUUGUGUUUUUGUUUUCCAUGUAUUUUUGCAUCCUCCUGACGAAGACGUAGCAGCGGUUUCUGCAUGUCGUUUGCCGUUGUUGUGACGAGACGGGGUUCUUUUUCUGUUUUCAUUACUGCCAAAAAACACACACACGCACACACACACACACACACACACACACAAGCGUUUACAUUUUAACGUAGAAGUCGUGACGGUGUUUGAAAUUUUCAGAAAAAAAACAAAGACAUAAUACACACACACACACACACAUGCAUAUAUAUAUUGUAUAAAAGAGGUAACAGUUGAAAAAAGCCUAGCCCCAUUUCGAUAAUAUUCUCAAAACUACUUUAAUGAACGGACAUCAGAAUUGUUUUCUUUGUUUGUUUGUUUGUUUUAAGACAAGCACUUCUGAACGAACUCAUAAGACUCACUUUAUCUCUUUUAUGAGCUGUAAAGAAACCCCCGUGUAAGAUACAUUUGGGGCAAUUAUAUGUAUUAUUCUUAUCAUAAUUAUGAUUACUAUGGCUGUGGUUUUCGUUUUCUGACAAUAGGUAACACGCAUAUACUUGUAGUCGCUUCUAAGUUCCAUAUGGCGUAAAUUCAGGCUAUUCUCACUGACAUUUUGUAUUAUGGAAUGUGUGCUAACUUGUUUAUUUUUGGGACUCUUUCUUAAAUAAAUUUCAGAAAAUGGA